UGCUGACCCCAGCCUCGCCACCGCCUGCUCCUGCGUGCACCUGAGGACCAAAUUCAAGACACGGCAGUAUGGAUGUAAGUACCUCUUCAAAUCCUCACAUCGCCACCCUGCAUUCUGAUGCUCUGUGUGGCCCCUGUCCGCCCUCUGGCUCUGUCGCCCAGCCCACCGGCCUUUGGCCCAGCCUUCCGUCGCCUUCGGGUGGGUUCCCCGCCUGGCCGGCGCAGCUCACCCAGCCGGCCCAGCCCGCCCAGCCUGCGCCGUGCUGGACCGGCCAGCCAAACACACCCUGCUGGCCCGGGACCCAACCCGCCGUCUCCGUCCCCGCACCAAUGACCAUUUCGGCCCCCGCUCAAGUCAUGGCGCCAGCCGCUGCACCCGCGCCGAUCGCAACCGUGGUGCCGGCUCAAGCUCAGGCUCUGCCUCCAAACUCAGUGCAGCCGUGCCAGCCCUGCUGGCCGGGAACCCAGUACCAGCCCCAACAGACACCAGCUCCAAUCCAAGCCCCAGUCCCAGCUCAAACUCCACUUCCAACGCCGGUGCCUGCUCCGGCUCCCGCUCCCAGCGUCCACCCGGGUCUCCCCGGAUGGGCUGCCCACCCGGGCUGGCCGUAUAACCCGGGUCAGUCCGGAUGGCCUGGACAGAGUCCGUCCCUGGUGCCGAUACACUGGCUUCCACCCACUUCUGGACCUUUAAGUGUGCCAUACAACCUGAACCUGGCACGAGGGGUGUACGACAAAAUGAUGAUGACCAUCCUGGGCCAUGUGAAACCUAAUGCUAAAAUGUUCACAGUGAACUUCCUCAGAGGAAACGACAUCGCGUUUCACAUUAACCCCCGCUUCAACGAGGGAGGGAAGCAGGUGGUGGUCCGGAAUCACAAGCUGGGCGAGCGCUGGGGCCCCGAAGAGAGAGACCUGAAGGGACCCUUCCCUUUUGCUCUGGGAAGCCCCUUUGAGAUGAAGAUUUUAUGCAGCCCAGAAUCCUUCAGGGUGGCAGUGAACAACAUCCCACUGUUUGAGUUCCGCCACCGCGUCCGCGAGCUCAACCGCAUCGACAGGAUCAACAUCCUGCACGAUGUCGUGCUCACCUAUGUCAACGUGGAGACACUCCCUUAAAAAAAAACCAAAAAAAAACACACAGUAAUCACACAUGAAUACAUGAAUAUGAGUGUAAGUCCAACAGACAUA